UACAUCUAUUUCAGUUUAGAAAUUGCUCCACAAAAUGUUGAUGUAAAUGUACACCCUACUAAACAUGAGGUACAUUUUCUACAUGAAGAUAGUAUCAUUGAAGGUAUUCAAGGUGCCAUUGAAACUAAAUUACUGGGGUCUAAUACUUCUAGAACUUUCUUUACUCAAGCCUUGCUACCUGGUGCUGUACCAUCUCUUCCAGACAAUACAACUACAGACAUAGAUAGCACUGGCACUAAUGAGGAGAAAAAACUUUAUGCACAUCAAAUGGUACGAACAGAUAGUCGGGAGCAAAAAAUAGAUGCUUUUAUAAGAAUUGAAGGAAAUAAGAAGUCUACCAAUGCAGAAAAUAAAAGGGAUGAAGAAAAUAGAUCCGGCAAUGACGAAGCCAAUCCCUCUACAUCCACUGUAAAACCGGUCAAAAGAGAUAUAGGUCUAACAAGUAUCAAUAAUCUUAUAGAAGAAUUUCAGAAAGGAACUAAUCAAGGGUUAAGGGAGUUGUUUCAGAAUCAUACAUUUGUUGGUUGUGUGAAUGAAGAACAUGCCCUAGUUCAACAUCAAACUAAACUGUAUCUUAUUAACACUACUAAAUUAAGUCGAGAACUGUUUUAUCAAAUUGCCCUAACAGAUUUUAGUAAUUUUGGAAUUCUACGGCUGUCAGAAGCUGCACCAAUUUAUGAUCUAGCCAUGAUGGCUUUAAAUUCAGAAGAAAGUGGGUGGACAGAAAAUGAUGGACCAAAAGAAGGUCUAGCUAAAUAUAUUGUUGAUUUUUUACAAACUAAAGCUGAAAUGUUGGAGGAAUAUUUUUCUAUAGAGAUAGAUAAGACUGGUAAUUUAUUAACAUUACCUAUGUUAUUAGAGAAUUAUAUUCCCAUAUUAGAUGGUUUACCAAUGUUUAUAUUACGCCUAGCAACAGAGGUUAAUUGGGAUGAGGAAGAGGAAUGUUUUAAAACUUUUGCUAAAGAAACAAGUGACUUUUAUGCUGUCAGAAAAUCAAUAUUUCCUUCAGAUACAAGUUGGAAAUGGACUGUAGAGCAUGUUAUUUAUCCAGCUAUAAAAUCUCAGUUACAACCACCAAAUAAGUUCUCAGAAGACACCAGCAUCUUACAGUUAGCCAAUCUACCUGAUCUUUAUAAAGUGUUUGAAAGAUGUUAA